AUGCUGGCAGAAGUGAAGGAAGCGUCUAACAGUAUAGAGUCAGUACGUAGUUCUACUACUACGAGGCAGGACUAUGAGGGUGGAUUAAAGGACAACUUUCCACAUGGAGAUGGCAUCUACACUUGGAAGGACGGAACUGCAUUCACUGGCACUUUCGUCACUGGAAAGAUUCUUGGAAAAGGCACAUAUACAUGGCCCAGUGGAUGUGUUUACGACGGUGAUGUCAAGGACGCUUACAGACACGGCAAGGGUUCUCUUACUUUUGAUGAUCGACCUGCUAAAUACUCGGGUAACUGGACUAAUGGAAAACGGAGUGGAAAAGGUGUCUUGUCUUAUGAUGACGAAAACACAUGUCAGUAUGAAGGAGACUGGAAGAACGGCCUACGACAUGGGUUCGGUACCAUGAAAUACCAUUCAGGAAACUCAUAUGAAGGCGAAUGGCGUAACGGGUGUAAAUGUGGACGAGGGACUAUGAAAUGGUUGAAUCGGAACGAGGAAUAUGUUGGUGAAUGGAAGGACGGGCUACCGAACGGCCUCGGCGCAUACACGUGGCGCAUCAAAACCUCAUCUCAAGACACAUACCCUGGUCAUAACAGAUACGAAGGAUGGUGGGUAAACGGUAUGCGUAGUGGGAAUGGUGUCUUCACGUACGCUAGUGGUGCGAGAUACGAUGGUGAAUGGAAAGACAAUUUGAAGCACGGUCGUGGGACAUUUACUUCUGAAGAUGGACGCAAGUAUACGGGUACAUUUGAAAUGGAUAGGAUGGUUGGUGAUUUCUCGAGCUUUAAUAAUGAGAGCCCAUUCCAAUUCAGAUUUGCGGAUUUGAUACCUGCAAAUGACGGUCUAUCAUUAGAACAGCAUUCAAAGAUGAUCAACUCGGUGGUUACACGCCAUACUGCGACUUUAAGGAAGCUCUAUCAUCGCCUAUGCAUGGUUGCUGAUAAACAAUCACUACCUGCAGACGACGUUUGUGGAUUAGAAAGAGUCCAACUAUGGCACUUGUUUAGAGAAUGCAAACUCCUUGCAAAGGGAGUUACAUUAGUUGACCUAGAUCGUGUAUUGGCUAGAGGAUUCCAAGGAAAUGAUGCGUUUUCACCCUUCUUCACGGAUCCACAUACACCAUCAGCUUCCUUCAUCCUUCGAGAUUUCAUUGAACUGUUGUUGAGAGUCGCAUGGCUGGUUUAUGGAAACAGCUCAGAGCCAGUAACAGAAGCAUUUGAAACUGGACCAGCUGCUAGUCUCAAUCGGUUAUUAGUUGAUGAUGUUUUGCCAAACUGUAGUGUGCUUACUGGUAUUCCGGCUGUUGUUGGUGUUGGGAGGGCAGAUAAGAGAGAAAUGUUUCUGCAGCAGCUGACACAGGAAUACGAACCAAAAUAUCGAGAGUCCUUGUAUAAAGUCUAUUGCAACCUGUCUCGAACACGUAAAGACUCUGUGCCCAAUUCGAUGGGUGAUGUAACUAUGACGAUGAGGGAUGCGAUGCUAUCCAUUAAUAAUUAUGAAAUUUUAUGUGGGAAGGAAGGCAUUGCUCUCAUGUCUGCAUUCUUGAGGCAGGCUAGUCAGAAGAUUCCGAUAUCGACUGAUGAUGGGGAUAGUUAUAAUCUUGAAUACGAGAUUGUGUCAUUAGAAUUCUUUGACCUAAUCAUGAUGGCAUUACUGUUACGAUACAAGGACCUAGUCGAUGGAUCUCUAGGUCUUACAACAAUGCCAACCAUAUCAUCGACCGAAGCAUUCAAUCGUUCCGGUACAGCUAUGGAUGAAGGCACGUUACGACGCUCAUCUUCGAGUAUCGUAAACAACACAAAGGACUCGUCUUCUGCAACAAACGCACAUAUGAAACCAUUAGGUAAUGCAACAAGACAGCGACGAGCAUCACAUUCACAGUCGAAUGAUGGGCUUGAUCAUUCGGCGGCUGUUGCUGCUGCAGCCGCUGCUGCCAAUGCAGCAAACCGAAGUAAAUUAAAAUCAAGGAAUGGAAUCGAGUCGGCUGGUGCUGUGAAAGCAAGUACCGGGGCUAUCAAUGCUAUUAAUAAGGACUUGCCCAGUAAAGUAUCGCAGGGUAUGAGAGCUAGGACUGGGUCUGUGUCGCGACCGACAUUGUUUGGUGGUGUAAAGGGUGAGGAUGGUGAGAGUGGUAGUAAGGGGAUUAUUCAUGGAGAAGAGGAGCCUGUAACACGAUCGCGUGGUGACGUUACUGUGGCUAUGAGUCGUAGUCAAGCAUUCCAAGCUCAACUUGCAGCACCAAUAUUCAAGUCACCGGAAGAAAGCAAGGCACUGGUGUAA